GCGCAGCCGGCGCGGCUGCAGCUCCGGGCGAUUGAGAGUCACAGCCGGCAGGACGCACGAAUCAGGAUGGGCUGCAGGCACAGCCGGCACAGCCGCGGCAAGCGCGCGGAGAAGGUGGAAGAGACACAGACAGAACUUCUGGAGACACUGGACAAAGAGGGAAGGAUCCUGGCAGGAAGGCAUGAGGAGACUGGGCAAGUCCAGCAGACAUCGAAUGCACAGGAGAAAGAUGCUCUUAGUGACUGCGUCCUAGAGGCCAAAGCCUCAUUGCAGAACACCUGUGCAAUUCAUGUCCCACCACAAGAGGCCAGACAAGCCAAGAUGAACAAGGUGGACGGGUCCAUCCUUAGCCGACUCUAUAGAAACCACAUCCAGGAUUAUGGGAGCCCUGGCCCAUUCUGGGAGCAAGAGCUGGAGAGUCUACACCAUGUUAUUGAGAUGAAGAAUGAGCGAAUUCAUGAACUCGAGAAGCAGCUCUUCCUCCUGGAGAUGCUGAAAGAAAAAAAUCUGAUCUUAGCGCUGAAAAACACCACCCUGCAGCAGGAGGUUGAGGACCUACAAUUCCAAGCUAGGAACAGGUUGGCCAUGUCAAGGCAGCUCCGGAAAGACCUACUUCAGGACCUCGAAAAGGAGUCACAGAAUGGCCACUGCUGCAACAGACGGAGAAGCCACUGAAUAUCUGAGUACUAGAGGCCAGCACCUCCUCCAUCUUACCUCGCCCUCUGAUACGCUUCAAAGGCCUCUGCCCUCAGUGUAAAGGAAGGAGCAGGGACUGGGCCUACCAUGGUUCUGAGACUCACUGCUCCCUCCAAAGACUCUGUGAAAAAGAGAGCAAAAGCCACUCCAUUCUUCUCCCAGGAUGGAUGAGGUGGGGGGUGGGGGUGGGGAGAGCUCCUACAAAGCUGGUGGGGAAACUUGGGGCACCAAGACCACCCCUCGAAGUGCCUUUCCUUAGUCGGCCCAGGGAACAAGCAGGUAGUUAUCUCCGUCCCUUUGCUCUGUCCUCAUGAGAGCAUUCAAGACGUCUCCCAUGGCAGCUGGAGCCAUUUGUACCAUGGGACAAAGAGGGGCAGCCCCAAUCCCAGACCAUCACCUUUGCUGACAAGUCACCGACCUAUCAAGUUCUUAGUGCCACACCCAUAACUCUGACUCAGAGAAAAAACGGUAAAAGACACAAUUCAAGAAAAAGGAACACAGUAUUGUUUUUAAUGAGAGGGGUCUCAACACAUAGCCUAACCUUGAACUCAAAGUCACUCUGCCUCAGCCUCCUGAGUGCUGGGAACAUGGGCACGUACCACCACACCCAUCCCGAUAAGGGGUUGAAUCUGCUAUAGAGCUAAGCACUGUUACUAUAUUUAAGUAUAUUUAUCUAAGGUUUUAAUGUGAAAAUUAAAUUUUUUUUGUUAAAAUAAAACUCUAUUUUUCAUGUCCUUUUC